AUUGUACGGACCGCCAGUUGGGCCAAACUCCUGCACGGGCACGGAAAAAGUUUGCGAGUUUGGAGAAACUUCCUCUUUUGCUUGAAUCUUUUGAAGCCAUGACAUAAAAGCUACUUUUGAAACGUGCCCGGGGGAGAGAACCUCCAAUAGUCUUCCACUCCCAGCGAUCAACUGGUCUGGGAGGAGUCUCACCGGUGGGAAAGCCCUGCCUCGCAGGAGUCGCCCCGACGCUUCCGUCUCCGUUUAUUGUGACAGCGGCUGCUGCAGGGUCACACACCGCCGGGACGACACUGAACCCGGGCCUGGAGUCCGCGCAGAGUCCGCUCUGUUUGCCGAUCGGCGGUGGAGGGUGCACGCAGCUGGAGACGGGGGGGAGGUUUGGGUGGAGUUUUUUUGUCCGAUCCGAGGACGGGAAGGAGACUCGCAUCAACGGUUUCACCGGGAGGAGAUAAAGCCGUCGGUGCACAGAGAAAAGGAGAGGAGGCGAGUUCAGCAGCAAAGUGAGGAGGUUUAAAUUCCACCUUCCUCACCUUUUCUUACUCCUGAGCCUUAAACUUUGACCUGACCCCCUCCAACCAUGCCGCACCGGUCUCAGAGUUCAUCGAUAGGCGAUAACCCUCUCGACCCAAAUUACCUUCCUCCGCACUACCGUGAGGAGUAUCGUCUAGCCAUUGAUGCUCUGAUAGAAAACGACACUCAGGGCUACUAUGAAUUCCUCCAGAAUGCAGAUAUGGCCGGUUUUCUGGCACAGCCAGAAAUUGAACACAUCAAGUCGACAAUUCAGGGGCCUAGCCAGCCCACCAGCGUCCCGGAGCUGACGUACCACGAGGGAGGCGUCGAGGACGAUGGGUCUUCGGACACCUACUGGCCAGUUCAGUCGGACCUGGCUGCCCCGGGGCUGGAUCUGGGCUGGCCGCAGCACAGUUUCGUUGAUCCCACAGAGGUCACAACUCUAGUCAACCCCUCUGAUCCUGACAUGCCGAGCAUAAAGGAGCAGGCGAGGAGACUCAUCAAGAACGCACGCCAAGUUAUCGCUGUGGUGAUGGACAUGUUCACAGAUAUUGACAUCUUCAGUGACCUCUUGGACGCAGCAGGACGACACGUUCCUGUUUAUAUUUUACUAGAUCAGCUGGAGGCUCAUCACUUUGUCUCUAUGGUCCUCAACUGCAAAGUCAACCUGGAGUUUAUUCCGAUGAUACGUGUCCGGACUGUGGCGGGAAUACCUUAUUACACCCGGACAGGGAAAUCAUUUAAGGGGCAGGUGAAAGAUCGUUUCCUAUUGGCUGACUGCAGAGCUGUACUCAGUGGGAACUACAGUUUCAUGUGGUCCUAUGAGAAGAUCCACCGCUGCAUCGCCCACCUCUUCCUUGGGGAGCUUGUUGCCACCUUCGAUGAAGAGUUUCGCAUUCUGUACGCUCAGUCAGAGCCUCUGGUUAUUGACCCAAACAAUACAGCGCUUACUGUCUCUGAUCCCAGCAGCACCGGCAACUAUUUAGGCAGCCAGUUUGGAUUAAAGAGGUCCCAGUCUUUGCGUAACACAGUAGGUUACCGAAGGCAGCCUGAGAUUCCCCCUGCCUUCCCCUAUGGUGACACUGAUCGUAACCCCGUGCUUCCUUUCCGGAGAAAUGACGCGUUUCGUCAAACCCUGGAGCCCGGGACAGGAAUUACUAUUGGAAAGUAUUCACAGCAGCAGUUUCGUCUUCAGCAGUCAUUCCUGGAACAGGGGCGGUCCAUCGUGUCCAGGCAGAUGGAGAUGAGCGCCAGUGCCUUCAAGAGGCACAGCUAUGCAGAAGGAACCCAGGAAACAUACGCGUCUUCAAGACAGUUUAUGCAGCAAAGAGUCAUGAACAAUCUGGACGAGACAGACUUCCACAGAGAACAGAUUCAAAGCAGCCAUUUUUACAGUGAAGGGCCCGGGCCAGGUUCUGGCCACGGACACUUCGACAGACUUCGAGGCCGUCCUCCGCACCUCUCCAUUGACCAGUAUUCAGACUCAAGUUAUCGCUCAGACCAGGAGCCUCCACCUGGGCAGUAUGGCAGAGACUACUUUUCAUCUGAGGACCUGAGAGGACCCGAGGGCCACAACGCCCCUCCGUUAGCUGGGAGGUAUGGAGGAGGAUCCUCCCAUAAGAGGCCAACCAUAGGACAGGCGUAUGCUUGUCAGAGCUCACCAACACACCCCCACCCACCUGAGAAGAAAAACUUUAACAAACAAUUUGAUCAAGAGCAUGAGGAGGACUCAAGUGCAAAGCAAGGCCUGAGAAGCUGGAGAAUCCACUCCUAUCUAAAUACUUAUGAGGACACUGGAGAAGAAGGCCUGGCUCAGCCUAUGGGUCCUGAUGCUUUUGAUGAACCUUCUCAAGCUGUGCAACCAACUGAAACUGAAAGUUCAGCUCCACGCUAUGGAAUAAAAGAGCCACCAAAUGUUCCUCCCAAGCCCAGACCUGAUAUCCUGAGGCCACGUUUUGGAAAGCCUAAACUACCUGAGAGCAGCAAUAAAGACUCUGGCCUACCAACGUCCAAGGAUCUACUUCCUUCCCGCCUUGUACUGGACAGAAAAGAGAGGGAGGAGGAGAAGGAAAGAGAGCCAGAGAGGAGUAAAGCAAGGGAGGGGGGCACAGAUGUGGAGGCGAAAGGUGCUCCAGAACUCCUUCUAUCCAAACACGAGUCAUUCCGGUCGCGUGUUAACCCGCUCCUUCAGCGCAGCUCUCGACUGCGCUCCUCACUUAUAUUCUCAUCUUCUAAAGCAGAGAUACACAGUGGUAGCUUAGGUCUAAAACCAGCGACGGAAGAGGAUGAGGAGUUGGAUUCAGUGCGCACUUCAUCCAUUGUGGCCCAGAUCCUAGAAAAGAGGAGGUCAUUAACUCGUGAGCCUUUUGAUUGGCGAAGGAAGACCGAGGAGAAGAAGGAGAAAGAAGAAAAACAGGAGAAGCUAGAGGAAAAGGAGAUACGGUUAAAAGAUGAGAUUAAACCUAAAGAGGAACCUAAAGAAACUAAUGAAAAAGUAAAGACAACAUUUACGCUUGAAAAACCUAAAGUCACAGAUUCAUCAUCUCUGAACAUGAAUGAUCCGGCCAGCCGUUUGCAGUACUUCAAAGACCUAGCUGCCAAGACAAAAGUCUCGAAAACAGAGACAGAGCCAUCGCUAAAAGCCUUAGAGCCCGCUGAAAAAAGGCAAGAUCUUUCUGAUAAACCUCCCAACAUUACAACAACUUUGAAGACCCCAGCUGUCACACUCAGUACAGCAGAGCCUGAGCAGACAAAGCCAGACGUCUCAGCAAAACUGGCUGAGAUCAAUAAUCGCAGACCUUCAGUCAGUUCAUCAAGGCCACCACUAAUCUUUCCCAAGCCUUUUAUAAGCUCACAGAAGCCUUCAGAGAUAGUGCAGUCUCAGAAAGAGGAGAAUGCAUCAGAAGGUCAAAAGAAAGAUCUAUUCAAGUCUCUAAAGCCUCUGCAUUCACCUAAGAUCUUCAAGAAGGAGCCGGUGAAACUUAAAGGGAUAAAUCCUCGUCGCAUCUCCUGUGGGGAGGAAAUUUUGACCACAGAUGCUACAGACGCAGAGAAGACUGAAAUGAAAAAGAGUCGCUCUUACAGUUCUUCAACUCUGUCACAUGAAGACUCUAAGGAAGGGCUGCAAAAGGUUAUGGGCUCUACCACGUCCAUCAAUACCAUUGGUGAGGGAAAGGGUGAGGGUAAGACACUCGACUUCCUAAAGAAACAGACUCAGAGGCUAAAGGGAUUCCUGGGACCCAAGGACAAAGAAAAGAAAACCUCAGGAGAGGAUAGGGGCAUGAGCACGGUCAUAGAGGUCACUGACAAUUCGAGCAAAAAACAGAGCUCAUCGUCUAAAGAUACAGCGUCUACGACCGCUGAUCAAUCCACCACCAAUCAUAAAACAUCAACAACCGGAACAUCUGUCACGUCCCGAUACCAGCCCGCAGGCGGCUCUGUUCUGUACAGCAGCAACUUACGAGACGACACCAAAGUCAUUCUGGAGCAAAUCUCCGCCAACAGCCAAAAGAACCGCCAGGAGCGGGAGGAGACGGGAGGGAACAAAGAUGGAGAUGCUGGAGAUAAAGGAACGGAGAAACAGAGCUCCUUAAAAAGGAACCGAUUUCUGCGACCGCAGGGCAACAACCAGGAGCGGGAGGGACUGCUGAGGAGGAUAGAGAGCCUGAGGAAGGAGAAGAAGGUCUACAGCCGUUUUGAGGUAGUCUAUCACAGUAAGGGAGAUGUUUGCAGCGUAGAUGGGAAAGCAAUAUGAGGAAAAACAACAACACAAAAAUAUGUUUAGGUGUAAACCACCAAGAGGGGAGGGAAAGGAAUCCAAGAGGGAAACCAGGGUUUUAGCUUAAAAAUGAUAUAUUUUGAAAUGUUUGAAAAUAGUGUUUGUUCUCAAAAAGCAGCAGAUGAAUGUUAUAAAUUAGCUUCUGAGCAGUGACUGGCUAAAUGUGAUUAUCUUAUAUGUACAGUAAGAGACUGGCAAAACCACAGUUCAUCACUGUUAUGGAUUUUUAUACUACUUUAAAGAGAAUCUGCUUUCAGAAAAAAUAAUUAACAGAUUAAGCUGAACAAAUGCAAGCGUGAUUAUGGCGCAAAGAGCACGGUACGUCCUGCUGAAGGCCAGCGAGGAGGAAAGGCAGGAGGUAAAGAGAUUUCACUGUUAUCCCUGUUGUUCUGUUAACAGAUGGGGAAUAACCUGGGAUAACGAAAGAUGGAGGAGCGACCUUUUACACGGAAACUUAUUUAAUGCAAGACUAUCAAAAAACCUCCACUGUCCACGUUUGUGCCAACGACACUGUAAGAGUUCCUCUGGGCCUUAACACUACAGCGUUUUCUGGAUUUUUCCACAAGAAGUAAUAAAACUUGAAAGGACGACUUAUAAAAUGGUGAAAACAAACUCAAGUCAUUGAGUCUGGAAUGUGCCUUUUUGCCAAGACCUUGUUCUAUUUUUUUUGCCUUAUAUGGUGACUGAGAGAAACAAGACUCUACUUGGAUACUGGCUUAAUGGGCCGGUACGUGUCUCAAAAAAAAAGAAAGGUAGCACAGCUUUACCUGUAAAUGAGCUUUUGUGAACAGGACUAAAAGACGAAAAGGGAAGUGUUGCAUCUGAGAAUCAAAAACAUAUAAUGUGCCAGUCACAAAACACGGCACACGUGUAGUACCAGUGUUGUGUGCAGGCCACUUUGUAGCUGGAGCUUGCUUGAAACUGAAUGGGAGAAAGUGUCUUUGUGGAUUCACCAUGUGCCAGUGGCCCAUUGAGGGUUUUGCCAAGGUUCUGGUGGGGGGUCAUUAUUAGUAGUAGUAUUAGUAUUAACCUGGACAAAUAACCAAAACAUAGGAAUAAAAAGACAGCUGAUGAAGAGUAAAGGGUAGAGAAGAGUGAGAUCAGAGGGUAGAGUCAGUGUGAAAAGUGUGGGAGGAAAAAACUGAAUCAGAAGGUGAAAAUGUUGGGGGACUACAGUUUGGAUGGAUGGUAGCGGCUGUGGUGAACGUAACACACUCGACUUCUUUCUAAUAAGUCAUAUACCCACUUCUCAGGGUUGAAAAUAAAUAAAUAACAAUUCCUAGGAGACAUAGACGCUUCCAUGGAAAGGGGAGUGGUGUUUAUGUGUGUUAGUGUUCGCCUCAUGUAGCGUAAAUAAAUAUGCAAGAAUUUCUAGUUGGCCUGAAUCAGAGUAAAUGAUAAAACAAAAAACUGACCUCCGUUUUCCUUCUGGAAAACCAAGAAUUACCUCUACAAGAAGGUAUACAAGAAAGAACAGGUAUAUUACACAGUACUGGAGCAGCGCCACGCUUCCUUACAUAACUCAUUUAACUCCUGAGAGCUACGCCCUGCACAGGAUUCCUAACUCCUUUGUUGGUCGGCACAAACUAUUAAACCAAAGACUUACCGGCCCCGUGCUGCCUGAUAUCUCGACAGGGCAUCAAACCACUUACGGUUCACUGUGUUUUUGCUGAGUACGUCAAAAAAGAUUAAAGUAUAUGUUGUAUGGCUGUAAAGACACUUCUGGGUGAGGGUGGGGUGACACUUGUUUUCUACACAGGAUUAUGCUGUAAAUGUUUAUGUUAAAAAAAAGGGGGAUUGUUUAUAUUUUAAGUGAUGAACUAGAUUGUGAUCGCCCUCACUGCGCUCUGAACGUGCCUUGUGUUUAUUUUGGAUUAUUUGAAUUGAAAUGUGAGAAUGUGGUUUGUCUGUAAAAUAGAAAAAAGAAGUAAAAAGAAAAAGCAAUUGGCAUUAAUUCGGGGAAGUCAUUGUUGCACAGGUUUAAUGUGUUCUUUUUUAAACCUCAGAUAGUAUUACAUUUUGUUUGAAAUACUGCAACAAACUCUUCCAUUAAAUCUCUUUUAAAAUUGAA